AUGUUGCGGAAUUUAUCAAAAAUUGUUCAAUCACAAAAAGCUAAAUUUGCUACAGCUGCAGCGGCCUCACCGAAUCCUAACCCGGAAAUUUUAUACACCGGGAUUUUUAUCAACAAUGAAUGGAGAAAGUCUGUCGAUGGGAAAGUAUUCCCAACAGAGAAUCCAGCCACCGGAGAAGUGAUCGCAGAUAUCCAGCAAGCGGGUAAAGCUGACGUGGAUCUUGCCGUUCAAGCUGCUAAGGAAGCUUUCAAGUUUGGGUCAGUAUGGAGAAAAAUGGAUGCUUCUGAGCGCGGUUACCUGCUUAAUAAAUUAGCUGAUUUGCUUGAAAGGGAUAGAUCUUAUGUGGCGAGUCUAGAAACUUUAGACAACGGCAAGCCCUACCUCGCGUCGUACCACGUAGAUGUACUGAGUGCUAUCAAGAAUCUGAGGUACUAUGCAGGUUGGGCGGACAAGAACCAUGGGAUGGUGUUGCCCGCUGAUGGCAAAUACUUCGCCUACACCCGCCAUGAGCCUGUCGGUGUUUGCGGUCAAAUAAUCCCAUGGAACUUCCCAUUACUCAUGGCGUCAUGGAAGCUGGGCCCGGCCCUGGCCGCCGGCUGCACGGUGGUGAUGAAGCCCGCCGAGCAAACGCCUCUCACUGCCUUGUACCUUGCGCAACUCGCAAAGGAAGCCGGUUUCCCGCCGGGCGUCGUCAACAUGCUGCCCGGCUACGGCGACGCGGGCGCCGCCAUCGUCGACCACCCCGGUGUUGACAAGGUUGCCUUCACUGGUUCUACAGAAGUGGGCAAGUUGAUCCAACGCGGGUCAGCGGGCAACGUGAAGAGAGUGACGUUGGAGCUGGGCGGCAAGUCGCCCAACAUCGUGUUCGCGGACGCCGACUUAGAAUACGCCGUGGAACAGUCGCAUAUGGCGCUGUUCUUCAACAUGGGACAAGUUUGUACUGCCGGAUCCCGCACGUUCGUGGAGGACUCCAUCUACGACGAGUUCGUGGAGCGCUCGGCCGCGCGCGCGCGCCGCCGCGUGCUCGGCGACCCCUUCCGCGCCGACACCGAGCAGGGCCCGCAGAUCGACGCGGAGCAACACAAGAAGAUCCUCGAUCUAAUAGAGACCGGCAAGCGGCAGGGCGCGCGCCUCGUGGCGGGCGGCGGCGCGGCGGCGCGCGGCGGCUACUACGUGCAGCCCACCGUGUUCGCCGACGUGCACGACCACAUGGACAUCGCGCGCGUUGAGAUCUUCGGACCGGUGCAGCAAAUCAUCAAGUUCUCUCAAAUGGACGAGCUGCUCGAGCGCGCCAACAACACGGAGUACGGGCUCGCCGCCGCCGUCUUCACGAAGGACAUCGACAAGGCCAACUAUCUCAUACAGGGUCUGCGCGCGGGCACGGUGUGGGUGAACGACUACAACGUGUUCGGCAACCAGGUGCCUUUCGGCGGGUUCAAGCAGUCCGGCGUCGGCCGCGAGAACGGGCCCUACGGCAUACGGAACUACACGGAGGUCAAGGCUGUCUACGUCAAACUUACUGAGAAAAACUCG